CUGACCUGUCUGCAGAGUAGUGGGUGAAUGCCCACAGCUGGAUUUUCAAUAGGCAAAUUUUCGGAUGAAGCCGCAGAGGAACAGCUGUUUUCUUUCUCGUUUCAGGCUAAUAUGGAACUGUUGGAGCAAAUGGAAAGGAGUAUUACAGACAAGGAUGAUAAAAUCAAGACGGUUGAAAAUCUCCUUGAGACGGGACUCAUAGAGAUGGCAAAUAAGGAAGGCGAACUGAAGGUAUUAAGGAAGGAAAACGCAUCUUUGAAAAACGAAGUGUCAACUCUACAGAGGGCGCAAACAGAGCAGGGUUCCUUUGCGUCAUUAGUGGAAGAAUUGCAAAAAGUAAUCAGUGAAAAAGAUGGCAAGAUCAAGUCCGUGGAGGAGCUGCUGCAGGCCGAAGUCCUGAAAGUGACGACCAAGGAGAAGACAGUCCAGGCUUUGACACAGGAAGUAGAGGCUCUGAAAGAAGAUGUAGGGAAGGCCCAGCUUGAGAAGGACGCCCAGAUAUCGGUUGCACAAGAAGUCAAAGAUCUUCAGAGUCUGUUGAAAGGGAAAGAGGAGCAGAUGAGAAGCACGGAGCUGUUACUGAAAGAGAAGGAGAGGGAGAUGGCGAAGAUGGCCGAGCAGCUUCAGGCAGGAGUCCCCAGCCUCUUUGAGCCUAUGGGCAGCUUUGGAAUUCUGAUGGAGGGCGGAGGGCUCAGCCACAAAAUGGCCGCCACCAUGACGAUUCUUGUGCUGUAG